AUGGUAGAUCCUCCCCGGGAGAAGGGGCCGGAUGAGCAGGGCUCACCGGGUUCCUCCCGCAGCGACCCUGUGGGAUUCAGGGGGUGGCUGCGUGGCGACGGGGGCGACGAGGGCUCGCUGGCCGCCAUGGCGAGGCAGACCCGGCUGGUGCUCGACUGCGUGGGCCCGUAUAGAUUUUUUGGAGAACCUGUGAUAAAAGCUUGCGUUGAAAAUGGUGCAAGCUGCAUUGACAUCAGUGGGGAACCUCAGUUUCUGGCAGGAAUGUACCUGAAAUACAAUGAAAAAGCUGCAGAAAAGGGAGUAUAUGUUAUUGGAAGCUGUGGCUUUGACUCUAUACCAGCAGAUAUGGGAGUACUGUACACCAGAGACAAGUUGAAAGGUACCUUAACGGCCGUCGAAAGUUUCUUGACAGUGAAAUCUGGACCUGAGGGAUCUUGUAUACAUGAUGGGACCUGGAAGUCAGCUGUUUAUGGCCUUUCAGAUCAAGACAAUCUGAAGAAGCUUCGAAAACAGAUAGGAUAUACCCCUGUUCCUGUAGUUGGUGCAAAACUUAAAAGAAGAGGACUUGUGUUUUACAGUCAGGAAUUCAAAGAGUAUUCCAUUCCGUUCAUGGGAUCUGACGUUUCUGUUGUGAAACGGUCUCAGCGUUAUUUGCACACACAGUUGCAGGAAACGCCUGUACAGUAUGCUGCUUAUGCAAACGUAGGUGGUCUUGGCUCUGUUAUGAAGCUGAUGUUGGCAGGCAUCUUGUUUCUUCUUCUUGUGAAAUUUAGCUUUGGAAGAAAACUUCUGAUAAAAUACCCAGAAUUUUUCUCUGCUGGACGUUUCUCAAAGAAAGGACCAACACAGAAACAGAUGGAUGAAACCUCCUUUACAAUGACGUUUUUUGGUGAGGGAUACAGUGAGGGGCAAGAUCCCCAGAAAGGCAAACCAAAUGUAAAGAUCUGCACCCAAGUGAAAGGACCAGAGCCUGGCUAUAUUGCUACACCAAUUGCAAUGGUUCAAGCAGCGGUGGCUCUGCUGGAAGAUGCAGCUUGUCUGCCUGCGCAAGGUGGUGUAUAUUCUCCAGGAGCUGCUUUCUCUAAAACAAAACUGAUUGAUCGCCUCAACAAACGUGGCAUGGAGUUCUCUGUUAUUAGCAAGCCUGAAGUCUGAAGUCGAACCCUAACUGCAUGACCUAACAUGUGGGUCUAAUUCCAAAAAAAGCUCAUUUGGAUGUUAACAGCUAAUCAUAAGAUAAUGAGUUUAACUGUACUGUUGGUUACAGCAGACAUGGGGAAAAAAUUGAGUUAAGAAUAAUAGUAGUUGCUAUAGUGAGACAACCCAUAAAGGGUACUGAGUUUUAAUUCAUGAACAUACCUGAUUAAUCACUGACUUAGUAUUAGUUCCAGAAUUUUGCUUAAUACCUUUCAGCUGAAGUUGCAGAGCAGCAGCAUAAGUUUAGAAUUACUAAUGCAACCACUAGAGAAUCUACUUGACAGUUAACCACAGCCUUUCCCCCCCACCCCCAAAUAUUUAAAGCAAGCAGGCCCUAACAAGUGCCUUAGCAGUUACUCUCCGUGCCUGUUUGGGAUAGGCACUAUUACUUAACUGUCAUGUUCUUAUUUUUAAAGCUUUAGUAUCCAUAGUGAAACAAAAGCAUAGUUUUAAUUUCUAAGAGUUUAAGGAGUCUUCCCCCUCCUCCCCCCCAGGUUAGUUUAAAGAUCAGCUGACUGCACUGCUGUCUUAGUUUGUUGACUUUCAGCCAUACUCGUUUUCCUCCAGUGAGCUGUACUUAAAAAAAGAAAAGAGAGAGAGAGAGAGAGAGAAGACACAGAGGGUGGGGCUUGUCAGUAUGACCUUACUGUAAUAUAGGGCUAGCUGAAGACCCAGUGAGGUUUCAUCCUGUAAAGGGAACAAGUCAUUCUAGUAGAUUAGGUUCAAUGUGCAAGGCAGCAUCGAGAAAACACACACAGUUGCAGUUUAACUGUUUCAAGUAGCAGACGUGUUAAGGUAGUAUAUAUGAAGUUUAGCUAUUUCAAGUUCUGAACUGUGCUAAAGCAAGCUCCACACUUGUUUGUAAAGAUUAAAUUACUUCUUGCUAAGUCUAUAUGUGGCCCUUUGUAAUGUGGUUGGACAAUAACUCACCUAGCAAAAAAAAAAAACAACACA